AUGUCCUUCCUCCAGCACGUCUCUCCUCCAACCAACCUCCAGCAGCCCGAGUUCAGGUUCCUCGUGGACGACCUCUUUGUCAAGCUCGACGGAGUCUCCAAACAGUCGCUAGGCCAGUUCCGUACGGUGUCCCAGAAGAAGGAGCACAUCAUUAGAUCGUUCAUCUCGUCCUUCAGGACUCAUAUCGGAAACGACAUCUACCCUGCAGCUAGACUCAUCUACCCUGACAAGAGUGGUCGCCUCUACUACAUCCGAGACAUCACUUUGGCCCGUCUCGUGGUCAAAAUGUACCAGAUCCCCAAAAACUCCGAAGACUACCAGGUGCUCUAUUACUGGAAACAGAGCUACCACAAGGCCAAGAGGUUCAGUGCUGAUUCCAAUAACCUCCGGGACUUACCUUUGCGGGCUUCGCGGGUCAUAGCCAACCGUAGGCCCGUAACGGCAGUGGAAGGCACCAAAACCUAUACUGUGUCCCGCAUGAACCAGCUCUUGGACGAGUUAGCGGACGCCAAAAAGGCUGCGGACCAGGCAGCCAUCCUCAAGCCACUCUUGGACUCGCUCACCAUCCCAGAGGUGCGGUGGUUGCUCCAUAUUCUUUUGAAGAAGUCGAUUCUUGUGCGAUUCGAGUCGUAUUUCCAGUACGUAUGGCACCCUGAUGCACCUUCGUUGUUCAAUAUUUGCAACAAUCUCCAGAAGACUUUCAAUUACCUCACGGACCCCGAGGUCCGGCUCUCUCCGGCUGAGCUCACCGUAUUUCCCACGCUUCCAUUCAAGCCCCAGUUGUCGAUGAAGCUUACCAAAAACUACGAAAAAUUGGUCCAGGACAUGGCGAGUGCAGUGCCCAUGGAUGCCAACCUCCAGGCGUUGUACGACAAGCUCGAAUUGAAAGGCAAGUUCUUCAUCGAAGAAAAGAUGGAUGGAGACAGAAUGGUGCUUCACAAAAAAGGCAAGCACUUCAAGUUCUACUCACGACGCUUGAAAGACUACUCGUUUCUCUACGGCGAAAACUACGAGUUUGGUUCCCUCACCAAGUACCUCCCCACUGCCUUUCCGGAAAAGGUCGAUAGCAUUAUUCUAGACGGGGAAAUGGUGGCCUGGGACUUUCGUAGAAAUGUGAUCUUGCCAUUUGGCACCUUGAAAUCGUCUGCCAUCCAAGAGUCCGUGCGCCAAUACACCACCAUAGACCAGUACGAGCAGCAGUCUUCUUAUCCGUUCUUUUUGGUGUUCGAUGUGCUUCAUAUCAAUGGGAUCAACUUGACCAACCAUCCACUCUUCUUCAGAAAGGAUUUGUUGGCAAAACUAAUCAACCCCAUCCCCAACCGUUUGGAAAUAUUGCCAGCAAAAUUGGGAGCCACCGUCCAAGAUCUCAAAACAGCGAUUUCCGAGGUAGUCAGCACCAGAAGCGAAGGUAUUCUUGUCAAGCACGUCCAGCUGAAAUACUUAUUGAACCACAGAAACACCCAAUGGGUCAAGGUCAAACCCGAAUAUUUGGAGAAGUUUGGGGAGAAUUUGGACUUGGCUGUGAUUGGUAAGAUUCCUGGUAUCAAGAACUCCUACAUGUGUGGGUUGAAAGGCGAAGAGGAUGGUGUUUUCCAUAGCUUUUGCACGGUAGCAAAUGGGUUUACCAUCGCAGAAUAUGACAAGAUCGAGCGGAUUACCAACAACAAGUGGGUCAACUACAAAGACAGACCACCACCUUCGUCUUUAAUACAAUUUGGCACCAAAAAACCGGUGGUGUGGAUAAAUCCGAAGGACUCGGUUGUCUUGGAAAUCAAGGCAAGAUCGAUAGAUAGCACCGAGGAAAAGACAUACUCUGUGGGAACCACUCUCCAUAACCUUUAUUGUCGGAGCAUCAGGGAAGACAAGACUUACGAGGACUCAAUAACCAUUGAAGAAUAUCACCAGAUCAAAGAGAGAUACACCAGUGAUAUCAACAAGGAGCAGGUUGCUAAUCGAAAGAGACGCUUGCAGCUCGAUUCAUUUGAACAAAUGAAAAAGCCCAAAGAAGUCGAAGUUGAAUCGGCUCUCUUCAAACCAUUCAAUUUUAUCAUACUCAGUGAUAGCGUUGAUGUACACGGAAUACGAACUAGUAAGGAACAGUUGUCUGUGUUAGUGAAAAAGCACGGAGGAGAAGUUAUUCAGUCGUUAAACUCGCGUUCAGCACGUCCUACAAUUGUUAUUACUGAAAAAGAGCUUCCGUCCAGCGAUAUGUAUUUUAAGAAAGGACUCGAUUUGAUCAGGCCCCGAUGGAUCUUUGAGUGUAUCGAAAAGAACUGGAUUGUACCAUUGGAGCCAGUUUUUAUCACGAAAUCAGAGAGUCAUUUCAGCUCCAAAGUUGACAGGUUUGGUGACAGUUACAUCAACCACGUGGAAAUUUGCACCCUUGGUGGGUUUGGAGAAAUAAAGCUCAAAGCACUAGAUGAGUACCGAGAGUUGUUUAUCGACGAGUUGGUCACUGAGGAGUUGGAAGUGCCAUUACGAUACUUAUUCCACAAUAUCAAGUUCUACGUGCUAGCCCCGACCAGCACCCACAAGCGAUUCUUGCAGGACAGAAUCGAACUUUAUGGCGGACAGACUACCCCCAAAUAUUCCGAAUGCUCUUUCAUCGUGGUUGAGGGAACCGAUGAAGAAACCAGGGGCCAGGUGGACCAGAUCAGUCACGACAUCGCAAAAAACUUACACUUCACAGAAACAAGCAUGGAGAAAAUCCCCAGUAUAGUUACCAGCCGAUUUGUGGACGAGUGCAUCGAGCGAAACGUGCUAGUAGACGGAGACGACUUCAAGUAUGUAUGA